UAGUAGUUGAACCCUGCAGGGAGAGUUCGUCCACCACAGACGUCUAAUGGUGGUCAUCUAUAGCUAAAUUUCCGUAGUUUGGAUGGCAACUGGACACCCAGGUGGAAACCAACUGCUACCCUUACCUUCAUGGCCAGAUAUAUUGACUCACUGAUGGGCGUCAAUGGCUACCUUUCAUCACCAGUUCAGGCGCACUGAUGACAGUUAAUGGUCCCCGACUCCCCGGAUGUUUGGUCCCGGAAUUUUCGUUAACGGAUAUUUCAUCAAACAGCCGUUUUGUCGAAAAGGCGCUUAAGCAGCCAACGGCGGCCGUAGGGUGGCCAGACGUCCUGCUUUAAGCAGGACAGUCAUGUUUUUGAGCACUCUGUCCUCUGUCCUGCUUUGCCUUAAGAAGGACAAUAAUAAUGUCCUGCUUUUUGUGUCUGUCUAAAAAAUCAGAGAUGUCAUUCUGCUGAAUGUUGAAGUGAGAUUUGGUUGACUAUUUCUCGCUCUAUUGAAUACCCUAAAGAAAUGCCAAAAAGAAAGACUACUUUUAACUACGAAUGGACCACGGAAUUUGGAUUUAUUUCUAAAAGCAGAAACGGUUAUUAUUAUGCACUUUGCACAGUAUGCCAUUGUGAUAUGGAUAUCGGUGGCACGGGAAAAAUUGCAAUUGAACGACAAGCUGCCUCAGCUAAACAUAAAACUAACACUCGUAGUGCUGGCACAUUAUCAGUGUUAUCAUAUUUCUGCCCAUCUCGAUUAUCUCAAGAUGAUAAAAUAAUGGCUGCAGACUUGUGUAAAGUGUUUCAUGCUGUGAAGCAUUAUCAAUCAUACAGAAGUGUUGAUUGUGGAGUAAAAGUUGACAAAGAAAUUUAUAGUGACUCGUUGAUAGUGAAGGGAGCAACAUGUGGGAAAACUAAAACAAAAGCUUUGUGUGAAAAUAUUCUAGCACCGUAUUCUGUAGAAACACAUUUGGAGUACAUCAAAGAACAUGGAUUACCCUUUUCAAUAGCAACUGAUGCUUCAAACAAAGGUGCAACAAAGUGUUUCCCAAUACUUUUGAGAUACUUUCAUUUUGAGAAGGGAGUGCAACAUGUGUUACUUGACUUUUACAGUGAUAACAAGGAAUCAUCCAAGGCCAUAACAAAUCAGCUAUUAUCUAAACUAGAGACUUCAGGUUUGGAUCUGAAUAAAGUGUCUGCAUACACUGCUGAUAAUGCAAAUGUAAACUAUGGAAAACACAACAGUGUUUAUCAGAAAAUUAAUAUGGCUCAGAAGAACGUUAUUGCUGCAAACUGUCUGGCUCAUAUUUUGCACAAUACAACAAAAUUUGCUACAGCUAAAAUGGAUAUUGAUGUUGAAAAUAUUGUGCUAAAAGUUAACAGCUAUUUUAGCAUUUCAGCUAAAAGAACAGCACAGUUGAAGGAAUUCUGUGAAUUUGUGGAGGAUGAGGUUGCCAAUUGCAAUCUAUUGCAGCAUGUUGUGACUAGAUGGCUUCCUCUCUUGCCAGAUAUUGAUAGAAUGCUUAACUGUUGGGAAGUCCCAAAAAGUUAUUUCCAGAGCAUAGGUGAAGAGGAGUCCCCUAAAGUACUAUGGAAGUGCUUUGGAGAUGAAGGAAAUACCUGUGAAUCGUCUGAGAUCUAUUUCUCCUUCCUUAGUCACACUCUUAAAUUGUUCUCAGACACAAUUGAAAGACUAGAAGUCAAGACAUUCAGCAUAACUUCAGUAUUCAAGUUAAUAUCUGAACUGAAAAGCAAACUAGAUAGAAGAGCAAAUUAUCGUUUUUUGGCUUUGCAGUAAACAACAAGUUUAGGCAACUUACACCAGAUUUGUCGACGAAAUGUAAAACAGACUUCAUUGCUUUCUAUGAAAGAGCUACAAAGUACUUAAGUGAAAGUUAUGACUUCUCUGAAGACAACUUUCAUAACAAAGUGUCAAAAUUAAGUCUAACAAGAGCAAUACCUUUUGAAGAAUUCUGUGACGCAGUCAAGGCUUGUAACAUUCAAGAAAUAGACAUGGAUGAAUUAUAUGAAGAGUAUGGGAUUGUGGAGGCAAUUAUCAAUACUCCUGAGAUGAAAGAUAGCCACAGUGAGGAACGUUAUCUCAAGCUGUUCAGUAAAUGUUAGGUCCCUUUAACAAAUCUGAAGAAGCCCAUGGAGUUCACUUUUACUAAACGUGGUGGAAGGAAGCUAUUGCACAAUGGGUAUGCAUAUACAAUUACCAAAAGGAGAGAUGACAUUACCUACUGAAGAUGCGAAGAAAGAGGAAGAUGUGGAGGGCGACUUAAGACUGAAUGAUAUAUUGCAAGGUGAUCCACUGCCAUAUUCUCACCUACCAGAUGCCAGUAGAGCUGCUGUUCUCAAAAAAGAGCAAAAUGAUUAAGAACGAACAAUACAAUAUGCUUUAUGCAGUAGUAUGCCUAGAAGUACUAAAAAAUAUGGAAUUGUUAAUGAAAGGUUAAAAAAAACUCAGAUGACCAUGAAAAUUUAGAUAGAUUACAGUACUUAAAAGCCAUUGAGCAUAAUUUGCAAUUCUUAUUUAUUCUAUUCAUUUUAUUAAUUUGUAAGUUUGAAACAGUUUCAAUAAAUGUAUAUUAUUAAUUAUUCCACUGAAAACACGGUUAAUCCUCAAAACUAAAAAUGUAUUUUAUUCAUUAUGCCACUGAAAGCACUGUUAAUCCUCAAAAAUUAAAAUCUUGAAUAGCUUUAUUUGAUGCAUUGUAUUUUAAUGUUACGUUUCCUUUAAAAAGAAACCUGUGAAGCUUAAAGAAAAAAAAAUGGACAAGACAUUUUAUUGGUAUAAAAUAAGUAGUUGGGAGAUGCAUAAAUGAAAAAUGUUUCUAUAAAAAACAUUGAUAAUUACCUGUUCGGCUGUUAAAAAAAUAUAGAUUACAAAGUUGGAACAUAUAUUUUUUCUUAAGAAAAAUAAGUCAAAAUAAGUUUUAAAAUUCAUUAAAUAUCAUUUUAUAAGAAAAAUAAACAUUAUCUCACACUCAAUUGAAAACAUACAUUUUUCUCUAAUCCAUCUUUCUCGUUCUCACUCAUUUUUUCAUAAUCUGUUUCCCCCUCUCUCUCUCUCUUUCCCCGGACUUUUCGUCCCCGAAACGUCUUGGGAUCAACUGUCCGGGGACGAAACGUCCGGUCACGUCUUUUCACUAAGGCAAGCGGAUGAACAUCACUGGACUAGGGGACAAUCUAUACUGGUGGGAGCCAAUCGGUAAACUUUCUCAUCAGGGCAGGUAGACUGAUUCCAUCAGCAGGAGCCAAUGGGUGGUUGAGGAAACCCAGCCGUUGACUCCCAUCAGUGGAUUCUGCCCACUGCCUUUAUAGGUAAGGGCUGCAGUUGACCUCCACCAAGGGAGGUCAUCAGCUGCCUUAGUGAGGAAGGGUAGCCAGUGGCCCCUGGUGGCAAAGUCUAUCUGCCUGCCCUGGUAAGGAAGGUUAGUUGUUGACCCCCAAUGAAUGAUUCCAUAUUCCAUCUGUGUGGCCCAGUCAAGAAGGACAACCAUUUAGCACAGUUUAUUAGCCUAGCCUGGUUGGGAAGGGAAGCUGUUGCCCCCUCUAGCAGAGUAGGCCCACCUGCUCCACUAAGAGAAGGGAAACUAUUGACCCUACCAGUGGAGUCCAUACGCCUACCCUAGCAGGGAAAUAGCCAUAGGUUCCGGCCAGCAGAGUCCGUUCACCUACGAGCCUCCCUCGCCAGGGCAGGCAGACGUAGGCAAGGCCAACAGAAUUUUGUAAAAUUCUGUUGGCCUUGGACGUACGUACUCCUAUGGUAGGAGCCAACGGCUGCCCCUCCCCACCUUGGUAAGGAGAUAGACGUUGCCAACGGUUGCCGUUCCCAGUUUUGGACUUUUCCUUCUCGUCCAAAUCUUUAUUGGCAGCCUACGAGUAUAAUUUGGACUCAUUUUCCCCCUUAAUGACUUCAUUCAAGAACAAGUUCACCUCUUUUCUAGCAACUUCCUCUUCCGGUUCUGUUCAAAGGAAAGUCAAUCUCUCAUUCUCUUGUUGUUUUCCUUCUUCAAUUUCUGUCAACAAUUCAGUCUGUCCCUUUUUGCCUUGUUACAAAUCCUCCAUUUUCUACUGGAAGUGACUUCGUUCUGUCUCCUGCUCCUCCUCCUGUUUCAGUAGCUGAUCCUUUUCUCCCGUCUCUAAAAAGCGACAACGACAAACUUAGAGUCAAAUGAUAAUUUUCUGUUGCCAUUUCCCUCAAAACACCCAAGAUGUAAAAUAUUCACUCACAACAAUGCCUCGAAGUUGAAUCUACUGUUGGUUUUUGCAUUAGAAUUCUGAAUGUUAAAUGCCAAUGUUAUGAAGCAAUUGUCAGUUUUUACUGAUAUUUAAUGCCUUACAAAUUCCAAAACCACAAAU